GCUGUGAAGAUAUUAUUGCUGAGAGCAUCUCACUAGACACCUUAAUUGCCAUUCUGAAGUGGAGCUCUCAGCCGUACGGUUCCAAAUGGGUACAUCGUCAAGCGCUACAUUUCCUCUGUGAGGAGUUUACCCAGAUCAUGACUUCAGAUGUCUUCUAUGAACUCAGCAAGGACCACCUACUCACAGCUAUUCAGUCUGACUAUUUACAGGCAAGUGAACAAGAUAUUCUUAAAUACCUGAUUAAAUGGGGAGAGCACCAGUUGAUGAAGAGAAUAGCAGAUCGUGAGCCUAAUUUACUGAGUGGUACUGCUCACAGUGUGAACAAAAGAGGUGUGAAAAGGAGAGAUCUUGACAUUGAAGAGCUGAGAGAGAUCCUGUCUCCGCUUUUACCUUUUGUCCGCAUUGAGCACAUCUUACCCAUGAAUAGUGAAGUACUGAGUGAUGCAAUGAAGAGAGGCCUGAUAAGUACUCCUCCUUCAGACAUGCUACCAACAUCAGAAGGUGGAAAGUCAAAUGCCUGGCUGCGGCAAAAAAAUGCUGGAAUAUAUGUGCGGCCAAGACUGUUCUCACCAUAUGUGGAGGAGGCUAAGAUCUUGAUGAAAUUCCACCGGAAACAAAGCAGCGUUCUGAGGGAAACCUCCCUGGUUUCCAGCCAGUUUGCCGGCCCAGCUCCUCGGCAGCCCACCUGGCAGGCGGAUGGCAAGUCGGUACUGGAUGAGAUGAUGGUGGAACAAACUGACCUCGUUCGUUUGCGGAUGGUCCGAAUGUCCAAUGUGCCCGACACCCUUUACAUGGUAAACAAUGCAGUGCCACAGUGCUGUCAUAUGAUUACCCACCAGCAAGUUAGCACUAACCAGUCCAGUCCUCCUUCAGUUAUAGCCAACGAGAUCCCAGUUCCCAGUCUUCUUGUUGUAAAAGAGAUGAUCAAACGGCUGCAGGAGCUGCGUCAUACUGAGCAGGUGCAAAGAGCGUACGCUCUCAAUUGCGGAGAAGGCGCCACAGUCAGUUACGAGAUUCAGAUCCGUGUGCUGCGGGAAUUUGGACUUUCUGAUGCUGCUGCUGAACUUUUGCAGAAUCCUCACAAAUUUUUUCCUGAUGAGCGAUUUGGGGAUGAAAGCCCACUCCUGACAAUGAGACAGUCUGGACGAUGUCGUGUUAACAGCACUCCCACUGCAGAAACCAUGUUUACAGAACUGGACUCUUUUGUGGCCUUCCAUCCACCAUUGCCCCCUCCUCCGCCUCCAUACCACCCACCAGCAACUCCUAUUCACAACCAGUUCAAAGUGGGCUGGAAACAAAGGGUGCCAAGUCAACAUCCCUCCCGUUCCUUUUCGUACCCAUGUAACCACUCGCUAUUCCACUCCCGAACCACUCCCAAAGCAGUGCCGCCUGUCUACUUGCCCGGCGUUAAAGCAGCACCUCCCGAUUGCACUAACACUACAGGCCUGGGGAGGCAAACGGUGGCUGCAGCAGCGGCAGUUAUGGCAGCUGAGAAGCAAGUAUGUACUCAGCCCUUGCUAAAUGAACUGAUGCCAGAUAUUGCAAUGGGUGUGUCAGCAAUGUCUUUAAAAGACAGAAGAUUGCCGGAGCUCACUGUCGACACAGAAUUAAGCCAGACAGUUACAGAGGUAGGGCCUGGUCUACCCCAGCACAUUUCAUGUAUUCAGAACAGACACAUGCCUACUUCUCGGAAGAAACAUGCAAUAGAGCAAAAAAUCGAUGCUCGAGAAAAUCAGCAGGAGUACCCUGACUUCUAUGACUUCUCCAAUGCUGCAUGCCGACCUUCCACUCCAGCACCCAGCAGGCACAGUCCUUCGCCUUCGCAAGGCAUAUAUUUUGGCCCGGAUUUGUAUAGCCACAAUAAGGCAUCACCAAGUGGCUUAAAGUCAGCCUAUCUACCUGCCCCCAUAUCUCCUAAAAAGCAAGAGGAUUCUAGGAGGGAAUACCUGCUCUCCCAAGAUGGGCAUCAACACAGGCAAAAGAAUGAGCCAAUACACCUCGAUGUCUUAGAACAACCCCCCCAGCGACUGGACUUGGCAUUGGCUACCCAGGAAAAUGCUGGUAAUGGCCCGGUUCACAUCAGGGGAAGAACGAAAAUGGAAACCGAUUUAACCUACGGGCUGACCUCCAACAGACCUUCCCUCUCAGCAUACACCUCUGAAAUGCAAGAAGAGAGACUCGGUCGGAGGCUGGCAGAUGAUGAGCCGCUGGAACAGGGAGCACAGAGAAAUGCGGAUUUGGAAAGGGAAGAUGCAGCAAGCAGAGGAAGGAGGUCUCCAAACAAACCAGACUUCCUCUAUAAAAAAUCUGCCCUCUGA